UGCAGAGACUAUAUAAAUACUGCGCCAGGAACAGUCACUUCAGCAGGGGGAGAUUAUCCAUCAGCUCAACAUGAGCUUCAUCAUGAAGCUCUGUUUUCUGCUGCUGUUCGGGUGUGUGGUUUUAACACAAGGAAAAUCUGAAGACAGAAGAACGUGUUCAAAGCAGAAAACCCGCUUCAAAAAUCUUAAGACGUAUUUUUACAACUAUGAAGCUGAAACCUCCAAUGGAAUAGUUGGGACUGAAUAUUCACGCUCUGGUGUCCGAAUAUCUUGCAAAGUGGAACUUGAGGUUCCUCAGUACUGUGCUUACACCUUGCGGGUAAAUGCAUGCAACCUGAGGGAAGUGCAAAGCAUCAAUCCUGAUGGCAAACCUGUCUUUGAGCUUUCCAGGAACUCUGAAGAGUUUCAGCAAGCAAUGUCCAAGUAUGAGCUGAAAUUCACAACAGUACAUGGGCAUAUGGAUGUCAACCUCUACCCAAAUAAAAGUGAACCAACCAACAUUCUCAACAUCAAGAGAGGAAUCAUUUCUACUCUUCUGGUGCCAGUGGAAUCUGAUGAAGAUGUACAGACAUUUAACACACCUACUGUUUAUGGAAAUUGCACAAGUGAAGUCACAGUGAACAGCAGAGCAGGGAGUGUUGCUACUCAUAUUACAACUGGAAGAGAUCUUACUGCUUGUAAUAGAUUCACACCAAUUGCAGAGCACAGGAGUCCUUUGGCACUGAUUACAGGGCUGCAUGUACCUGUGGUGAACUUGUUGAGCAGUUAUCAAUCUUGCAGCUAUUCGCUUGAUACGAAGAAGCAUAUAAAAGAAGCUACCUGCAACGAAAAGCAUAUGUUAUCGCCUCUAACACAGGAAGAACAGUACGGAGCUGUGUCAUACGUAAAGCAAACACUUAAACUAGAAAGUUUAAUGGCAACUAAUAACAGACACUUUACGAAAGAUGAAUCGAUAAUCAGGAAAGAAUUGGCUUUGGAGCACACUGAGAGUAGGGUAAAGAAUGCAGACUCUGCAACAUUGGCUUUACAGAAUCUGGUCAGUCUAUCUGAGAGUGGUCAGGAUGAAGAAAGAGCCAGUCUGUUCCAAACAUUUGUUGUUGAAUUGAGGGAGUUGGAGAAAGAUGCACUUGAGGCUGCUUUACCUAAAUUCUUCAAAAUGGAAGUGCCCAGGUCUGUUACUGUCCAAGCACUUCUGCAAUGUGGCACUCCGGAGUGUUUUUCUGCAGUUCUGAAACUACUACAAAAUGAACCAGUCCCUCCAUUGGUGGCAGAUGCAGUUACCUAUGCCAUAGCACUUAUGGCUUCACCAUCUGAAAGUAGGAUAAGUGAUGUCCUUAAUCAGGCAAAGGUCCGGCGAACACGGGGUACAUUUUAUGCCUUGAGCCACGUAGUAAGGAAAUUUUAUGAGGAAACACAGUCUGUAGUACCAGAACUGAAGGCAGUUGCGAAUUACCUGAUGUCCAUACUUGGAAGUGACUGCUCUGGUGAUGAAGACACAAUUUACCUGACUCUAAAGGCACUGGGAAACAUGGGACAGGCAAUGGAGAAUGCAAAUCCGGAAAUUCAGCAAACUCUUAUAAGAUGUGCUAACAACGCUAAAAUCUCCUCCAAUAUUCAACAAGCUGCAGUUCAAGCUUUCAGAAAAAUGAACUUGGCUGAUGAGAUUCGCAAUGCACUUCUUCGAAUAUACACAGAUGAAAACUCCCCUGUGCUGAAGAGACUAGGAGCAUAUCUUAUUGUGAUGAAAGAUCCAUCAUCAGCUAAUCUAAGAAGAAUCAUCAGAAAUCUAAAAGAGAUUAAAAAUGAACAAGUUGAAAGCUUUGUUUCCACCCAUUUGAGAAAUAUUCUCAAAUCUGAGUCUCCUGCUGUCCAAGUGCUACAAAAGAAAUUAUCAGAUUCUCUAGAAGAUAAUAAGAUCAGACCACCAAGGAAUGUUAAGAGGCUUUCUAGAAACUAUGAUCUGUAUAAAAAGUUUAAAAUUCCAAGAGUAAAGAAUCCUUUGGAAGCUGGAUUACAAAGCAAUGUAUUUUUUGAGCCAGAAAAAGAUAUGCCAAGUGCAGUAAUGCUGGAAACCACUUUAAAUAUUUUUGGUCAAUCCAUUGAUUUUUUUGAGCUUGGUCUGGACGGCAGUGGACUUGAACCGUCCCUGGAGGCAUUAUUUGGACCGAAAGGAUUUUUUCCGAACAGUGCAAUGAAGGCACUAUACUGGGUGGAUGGUAGAGUUCCAGAGAAGGUAUCACAAAUGCUGUUUAAUUGGUUUGGAAUCAAUAAAGAGGUUGAAGAGUCGAACCAAAACCUAAUGAAGGAGCUGUCACAAAAUUUCAAAAAUAUGAUAAAGGAGCUUGAAAGCCAAACACCAGAAGUACAUGCUUUCUUGAGAAUAUUUGGAAAUGAACUGGGUUAUGUUAAAGGCAGUGAUUUCAAGCUAUUGGGACAAAUGAUGUCGAAAAGUUUCCAACUAUUCCGAAGUCUACCAGCAAAGCUUAACCAAGCCUUACAAAAGGGCAUGUUUGCUCACUACAUCUUCAUGGACUCUCAGUUUAAUCUCCCCACUGGAGCUGGACUUCCUCUGAAACUGUCUAUGUCAGGUACAAUUGGAGCUGGUGGAAAAGCAGGGAUAAAAUAUGAAGGAAAGAAGAUUGAAGGUCUGAUCAAGCCAAAAGUUGCAAUUGAACUUGUGGCCCAGAUGGGAGUCAGUGUACCUAAUUUUGUCAGAAAUGGAAUACAGUUGAAUGCUAAUUUGUAUCAUGAAUCUAGUUUUGAGGCCCGGAUCAGGAUGAAUAACAACCAGAUAAAAUUGAACAUUCCUGCACCCAAAGAGCAAGCCAAACUCUUAAAUAUUAGAUACAGACGAUCUCUGAUACAUAAUAUAAAAACUGACAAAAUUGAAUCACUCUUCAAUAAUGAAGAAGGGUGGUCAGAAUGCAAGACAUUGUUACCAAUGUUUGACAUUUGCAGUAAUAGGAGACACACAGAAACAGGUUUACUUAGAAAAGCACCCAGUUAUCCACUGAUGGAAGAAUCAAGGUUAGUAGUCUAUAUUCGACCAAAAGGUACAGUGGAAAGUUUUUCUGCAUCAGCAACUUAUCAAUCACAAACAAUUGAUGAAGAUUUGGAACACUCAGUUACGUUUGUUGCUCAGGCUGAAGGCACUGAAAAUAUGGAAGUUUCAGCAGAAAUUAAGUACAACGCUAAUAAGCAAGUACUUACAGGAGAUGUUCAGAUUCCAAAAUUUGACCUGGAAGUAGGUGUGAAACUAGGAGCUGAAGACAAAUCUGCAUCGACAAGAAAUGCAUACAUUGUUAAAUUUGAUGUCACAAACAAAAAAGUGCCUGAAAUGACCCUGGUUGGCCGUGCAAGUUACGAUAAUGAACGGAAAGAUCUUUCACUGGAGUAUCUCUUCACCAUUCCCAACUUUGACAUAAAUGCAAAUAUUGGAACUCAGAUUCGACUUCCAUCUGAUGAGUGGUUCACUGCAUUGAAUGUAGAAGCUUCAAUACCACAUUUAAAGGCUUCUCAUGAAACUAACUUUAAAUAUGGUGUCAAGAACAUUCAAGUUGCAUGGAGCUCAGAUGUAAGUUCUGAUCUGAAACCAAUUAAUGAGAAAAUCACAAACAUCAAAACGCUUGACAUGUCUGAAUACAGGCACACUAUAAAUGGUUAUCGUGACAGCUUCCUCGAUUCGAAAGUUCCUCAAACUGAUAUGACAGUGAGGCACAUUGUUUUCAAGUUAUUUAAGGCUAUCAAUAAUUUAUUACAAAAGUCUGACAAUCUGCAGUUUCUACAGAAAAUAGAUUUCAAAGAAAUAGAAACAUACCUUACUCUUCCAGAAAACCUAUAUUUGAAGAGUUAUGGAUCUAUUGCAGGCACAUUUAGCAAUGAGAAGAAGAUUAUUGAAGUUCCAAUUCCUUUUGGUGGAACAGAGAGAGAAUAUCCAUUUUAUUCCAAAUUAAUGGAUUUAAAACUGAUGCUUACGAAGGUGUUUGGAGGUCAAUUAAAUGAAAAUGACAAUCCACCAAUAACUUCCACUCCAACUAUUACCAUUCCUAAAACAUACAAUCUGCAAAUUCCUUUAAUUAAAAGGUUGCAAUUUUCCACCAACAUGAACAGUAAUUACUACAAUUGCUCCUCUAAGUUCACGGCUGAAUACAAUUCAAAGAAAGACAGAAGGAAAUAUUCUACUAAAGUAGAUAUUCAUGCAGUCUCAGCAUUUGAUUUUCUGUCCUAUCAUCUCACAGGUGAAACACUUUUAAAUCAACAGACCAAGGACACGUUUACUCUCAAUGUUGCUUCUAAAUUUCAACACAAACUACUAGAGUCUCAAAUCAAGUUCAAUCUUAUGAAUCAGACGAAAACUGAAAUGAACUAUGAAUGGGAUGCAGUCAGUAACUUAGGAAUAGAAGCCUCUUUGCAUUCAUCAUUGAAGGUUGCAAAUGAAUAUUCACUUGUAAAGAUAGAAGGAACAGCAAAUGGAGUUUUAAAUAUCUCUUCAUAUGACUCUACCUGGACUUACAGAAUGUCGCAAAUGAUUGAUAGGAAUACUGCUGAAUUUAGUGGCGAUUCUGCUUCAAACUUUAAUUCAGCAUUGAUUCAAGUUAACAACAAGAUGGUUAAUAGCUACAAAAACAAUAUUUUCAAGUUUGAAUCAACCACUGAUGGAUCAUGCUUACAUUUGAAAAAUGUCAUAGGAGUAACAGCAAGCACUGAGAAAUUUGAACUGAUCUGUAAUACUUCAAGUCAUUCCGAUAAUGGGGACGUCAGCAGUAAGAUAAAAUUGACUUACGAUAUUGCAGAGCUUAAGAUGGAGAACAAUCUGAUAGCUGAAUUGUUUGGUGUUUCCUUAAAAACAGAAGAUGAACUUACUUAUGUUAAUGAUCAACUUUAUCUCUUGUUGAAAACAGAAGGAAAAUACAACCAGAUGGCUGCAACCAACAGCCUGAGUCUUUCAGUAUUUGAAAAGCAUGUUGUAGCUGAACAUAAAUGGAAUGCCCAAUAUUAUGCCAAGAUGUUCCACAACAGCUUGAUUGGUACCUUUAAUAAGGACGGUCUUGAAGUAAAGUCCAAUACUGGCUUCCCUGGUGUAACAAACGUAGGAAUUCUGAAAAUUGCUAACAGUGGUUUAUCAACUGAAGUGUACUCAAGUAUGGAAAUAUAUUCUUUCAUUGUGAAGCAAAAAUUCAAAACAAUCAUUAAUCAAGAUGGAGCUGUCAUGACCAUUGGUAUCAAUGAUCAAACAAAUAAUUUAAUUAACUUGAAUAUUGAAGGAAAAGCAAAAAGUACUGGAAUAAAUGCCAACAGUUUUUAUUCAAGUGUUACUUGGGAAACUAAUGCAACAAAUAGCAUUGAUCUCCAAUUUAACAAAGAGAACGGGUUGAUACUCCAUACAAAAACAGAGGCAUUUUUCAAAGAAGCUCAAUUUAACCAUGUACAUCACCUUGUUAUUGGUUCUUGGGCAUUAGCUGCAGUGGACACAGUUGAGGCUGGCAGCUCUUCAGAUUCUAGUAUCAAAUACCAGCAAAGAUCUGUAUUGCGCAUGCAACCUUUCAUAGCUUCAAUCAGUUUUGAUAACAGAUUCAACUAUCAACAGUUAAUUGCUUCUCACAAUAUGCAACUUUCACUUGAACCUUUAAAGUUUGAAUUUCAGGGUGAAUUGACGGGAUCACAGGAUGAAAAUCAUGUGGAUCAUAGGUACAUUUUGAAAUGUGCUGAUUGGAAGGCUUUAUUAAGUGCAAACACAACUGGAAAAUUGGAAUCUAUGAAAAUUAACCAGAUGCUGAAUUUGGAAAUUAAUGGAUUUUCUGCAAAAUUCUUAAGUGAUGCAUUAUUCAAAGCAGGAGCACUACAGUUUCACAAUAAGGUACUCUCUACAGCUAUACCAUUUGUGUUCGCAUUUGAAGCUGAUACCUCUGCUAAAGGACUUAUUAAUGUCUGGGGCUUCCACAAUGGAGAGCUUAGCAACAAGGUCCAAAUGAAGGCUGAGCCAUUAGCACUUGCACUUCAUCAUAACUUUAAAGGAACUUCUGAGCAUAAAGUGCCGGAUCAAAGAUUGCUAAAGUCCCUUCUCGAAAGCAAUUUAAAUGUUUUGUUCAUUCCAACUGAGCAGACAAGCAAGUGGUCACUAAAGAGUCGGUUAAACAAUAAUACUUACGUGCAAACAAUUGACGCCUACAAUAAUCCAGAAAAAAUUGGGAUAGAUAUUGCAAAUGCUGCGGAGGUUGACUUUAGUUUUCUAGUCCCCUUGAAGGAGGUUUAUUUCCUUCCCUUUGACAUACCAAAUUCCGUUGACCAAAGUGAGCUUCAGAAAUUUCAAAUUUCAGGCAAUUUGAAUUAUGACAAAAAUGGGAAUGUUCAUGUUAUUAACUUACCAUUCUUGAAAAACCUGCCCCUUCACCUUAAGUCAUUUCUGAAAAGCAUUCAGAAUCACUUGAAGGAAAUUAAAGUGAGUCAAUUUGUCCAGCAGUGCAAGAAAGGAUUAGGCCAAAUGAAUGAUUUCAUUAAGGAUGUGAAUUUAAACAUCACGUUUAAUGAUGCAAGAGAUAGAUUAUUAACAUUGGUAACAGAGAAUCAAUUAGUUGAACGCUUUCAGUUUGUUCUAAUGGAGUUUCACAACAGUACAUUUACCACACUGUAUGAAGUUAUUUCAUAUCUGAAAGAAUGUGACAAAACUGAAUUGAAGAAGGCUGCUGAAAAUGUCAUAAAUCUAAUUGUAAAGAUGCUGCAACAAAUAACCAAAACAUCUGACCGUGCCAUCAACACAAUUCUGCAAUUUCUCCAGAAAAUUGACCUGAAAACUCUAAAAAAUGACAUUGCUGAUUGGAUUCAGGAAUUUGAUGCAAAUUAUCAAAUUAAAGCUCAGCUUCAAGAUAUGUUACAAGAACUACAAAUGCAAAUUCAGAAUAUUACUUUUCAGGAAAUCACUAAUGAGUUAAGAAAGCUAAUUAAUUUUAAUGCAAUCAUUGAAAAAUUAGAACAAUAUCUGAAUGCAUAUAAUCAUGAGACAAAGAAGAUAAUUGAGAAUAUGCAUAAGGGGCUUUCCUGGCUGGUGGAGCACUAUGAAAUUGAUGAUAAAAUUAGCAGCAUUAAUGUUGAGAUACAGAAAGUAAUCACUGCAUAUAAAAUUGACUUCUUAGCUCAGAAUGUUUUAAAUGAAACAAUGAACCUCAUUAAAACACUGAAAGUAAAGAACACAAUACAAGGAGUUAUUACCACUCUUAAAAAGAUUCCUGUGAAAUCACACAUUGACACAGCAGUUCAGUACAUUGAUAAAGCAAUUGAACAGAUAGAAUUAUAUGAUUACCAAGCAUUAGUUGACAAGGUUAAUGAGUUCUUCACCACUAUUAUUACUUACUUAAGGCAGUUUGAUUAUAAUGAUUUUGUUAGUCAAAUCAAUGCCCAGAUCCAAAAUAUAAUCAAUACAAUCAAGGAUAAAAUGGAGGAGGUAGAACUAUCACAGAACGUUAAGGCAUUAAAUAAGAGUAUACAGGAAAUUCAGUUGAUAUUCAUGAAUUACGCUGUGCAACUGAAACAGAAAAACUUGAAUGAAUUAAUCAACCCAUUGACAGAUGUGCUCAGAAGUAUAGCUCUACCACUUCGCAGUUUUGUGGAAGCUAUAUAUGGAGACAGAAUUGAGAAACUCUUUGAUCAGAUGAAUAGAAUGAAUAUUAGAGAGGAACUACAAAGAGUUUGGGGUAUUGCUGUGGACUAUUGGAAUGUAUUUAUUGUUCACCUCUCAAAUACAUAUGAUGAAACAGUGAAGGAAAUUAGCAAUUUUGCAGAAAAGUACAAAUUUACAGAAAUAGUGGACCAAGUCUUACAAUAUCUGGAAGAAGGUUUUACUGUUCCAGAACUGGACAUAGGUUUCAUGUCUUUGCCUCAGUUUGAAAUAAGCAUUCGCGCUUUCAGAAUGGCAGAGUUUGAUACUCCAUCAUUUACAGUGCCUCUUACAAAUCUAAGAAUUCAAUCCUAUCAUAUCAACUUAAAGGACUUGCAUAACAUCAACAUUACUGCUAAAAUUACUAUACCAUCAUUUGUUAUCUUGGAUUUAGUAACUGUCCCUGAUUUCACAAUUGAUUUUGAAAAGAUGAAGAAUCUUACUGUCACCUUCAUAAAAAAUGUCUGGAAUUUUGAUUUCUCCAUUGGAGAAUUCAAUAUGUUUUCAGACUUAAGUUUCCUAAAUAUCACCUUGCCAGAUGUGAAAUUUCCUGAAAUAGAUUUCAGUGCAUUGUACAUGCCAGAUAUAAAAAUUCUAAAACUAGAUUUGGACAACUUCAUGUUAGAUGACAUUAAGAUUCCAGAAUUCCAACUUCCUCAUAUUCCUUAUGAAGUAUCAGUUCCUGCAUUUGGGAAACUCACCGGAACAUUUACUAUUAACUGUCCCAUCUAUGGACUUCAUACAAGCGUUGGCAUUCACAACACUACAGUUGUUCAAAACAGCCCCAAAGUUCUGGCUUUUAUCACGGCAAAGAGCAAGUCAAGUAUCAACAUCUUAUCCUUUGACUUUGAAGCAAAUGCCCAACUGUCAUCUCCUGAGCAAACUCAGUUGGAACUCAGUGAAAGGAUAACACUUCACCACAGUGCUAUCAAUGUUGCUCACAUGGGUGAUCUUACUUUCACAAGACCCUCUGUGAUUUCAACAGCAAGGACAAAUAUAACAAUUACUACUGAAGCCUACAAUGCAGAACUAAUAAAUACUUUAAAAGGAACUAAAAUGGAGACACAUUAUAAACACAAGCUCACUAUUCCACGGCAACCAUUCUCAAGCAGAGUUUCUCUACGUAACAUUGUUCAAACCUCUGUUGAUGAAACAAAUGCAGCCCUGUCUGUCACAACGUUUGGGAAUGGAAAAUUGAAUUUUCAGAACUUCUCCGAUGAAGGAACACACAAAAGUGAACUGAAGUUAAAUUUGAAUGCAGUUGCUCUAGUAAUGACAUUCUUGGGUGACACCAACACCAAAUACGUAACACUGAAAGAAAACUUCAAGACUGAGAUCUUUUCUUCAUUUAAUGCCAAAUUCAAUUUGAAUGCAGAAACAAAUUUGGAUCGCUUUGUUCGUUGUGUCAUCAAUGCAAAUGGUAAAGCAGAUCUAGCAAUGUUAAAGAUGGAAUUGGUGGGAUCUCACAGAUCUGAACUUAAUGGUUUGGCAAUAGGUCCAGUGGAAAAUUCAUUUCACUUCACAGCAGAACCAUUUGCAAUUGACUUUAGAGCAAAGAAUAAUGCCAAUGUAAAGCUUUCUUUCCCUUUCACACUCACUGGCAAGAUAGAAUACAUGAAUAACUAUGCACUGACACUGAAUCCUAAUGAACAGCAAUUCUCAUGGCAAGUAAAUUCUUCAUUCAAUCAAUACAGAUAUACGCAUGACAUUUUUGUAGGUAAUAGUGAGGAAAGUAUCAAUAUUCAUCUUAGACUGAAUGGUGAUGCAAGUCUUGAUUUCCUAGCUUUACCUGUUUCCAUCCCUGUUUGUUCAUUACUUCCUUGUACCACCCGCAAACCUCCUGUUGUUACCUUUUCAUUAUGGGAACAAACUGGACUGAAGUCCUUCUUGAAAACAACCGAACAGUCAAUUAGUUUAAGCAUAAAGACUGAAUACAAAAAGAACAAAGACUUUCAUAAUUUCAAGCUAAACAUGAAGCCAGUUUAUAAUCAGAUUAACGAUUAUCUUCUAUUCUUUGAUGCAAGAUUUGAACAGGCAAGAAACAGAAGCUUGAACUUACUAGAGAAAGCAGUGUCUGGUAGAUUGCAAGGAAAUCCUUCAGGUAAAAUGCUUCAUAUACCAGGGUAUACCAUACCAGGACUGAAGAUUGAAGUAUCCCCCUAUAGACUAGAAAUCCCAACAUUCAGAUUUGUUACUGCUAGAACUAUUACAACGUCUAUAUUUAAACUUCCCAUCAUCAACUUUAUUAUGCCUUCAUACACUUUUGUCAUACCAUCUCCUGAGUUAACAUUAGAACAUAUACCUCAAAGUUUAUAUACAUUGACAUUUCCAAAGAUCAAAAUGCCUCGUGUACAAGAUACCAUCAAGAUUCCUGCUAUGGGCAAUUUGACUUCUGAUUUCUCACUCAAAUCAAGUCUAGUGACUCUGAACGCUCAUGUUGAACUUUUCAACCAGACAGACAUAACUGCUCGCUAUAGUGUCUCAUCUUCAUCAACCUUCACUUCAAACUUCAAAGUAGAAGGGACAACAAGCAUGGCAAGACGGCGAGGUCUGAAACUAGCAACAACUAUUUCUGUUGAUCAUGACAUUAUUCGUGGAAACCAUAACAACACCAUAAAUUUAACAAAGAGGAAUGUUCAAGGUUCAGUAAGUACUUUCGUAUCAAUUAAACAUGACACUCUUGAUCUUACCUUCAAACAUGAACUGAAAGGAAAAGCAAAGUCAAAGCCUAACCUGCUAUCAAAGAUGUCUCUUGACUACAGACUGUCCAUGCCUUUGAAAAUUAAUGUUCAAGGAAAUGCAUCCCAUUCUGUUACCUUAGCAGACAUUACGUCUUCCUUGAAUUUAGAAACUUCAACUAAUGCACAUAUUGAAGCAACUGUGCAAUCGAAAAACAAUUUUUCUGGCAGCUUGAACAGUGGCUCAAGUAUUUAUCUUGAUUCAAAUAAUAUUCAUUCCAAUGUAAAACUUGAAUUAGGUUCAUCCAUUGAUACUGCUUCUGGCAAUUCUUGGAAGAUUGCAACAAAUGAAAACUUUACUAUGGAAGCAUCCACAGCUCAUCUUAUUGCCGUCUUGGAUCAUUCUGCUGAUAAUUUCAUAAAAUAUGUACCAACAGUCAACACAAAUGGCCAUCAAAAAUCUAAAAUUACAUUAGAAUUAUCAUUCUGGAGUUUGGCUGCUGAGUUGCAAAGUGAGAUUUAUCAACUCAAUAAUGGAUUGCAUCUGGCAGAUAUACAACAUGAUGUGGCUGUAACUGUCGAACCAACGACCCAAGAAGUGAAAUGGAAUAAUAAUGGUCACCUCUUUUCAGUAGCUUUCAGUGAUAAAGUGGAAAUGUUAAACAAUGAAGAAAAAAUGCAUCUUGGCAUGACUGGUUCCCUACAGGGAUAUUUGGAUUUUUUGAAAGAAAUUGAGCUUCCAAUAUAUGAAAAGAGUUUGUGGGACAUACUGAAAUUUGACUUGACUACUAGCGAAGAGAAGCAACAAUACUUAAAUGUAUCUGCAUCGGUGGACCUUAUGAAGAACGAAAACUACUUAAUUAUCCCUUUGCCAGUGCAGGUAGUAGCCGAUGGUCUAAAGAUAAAUAUUCCUGAGAUUACCCUUCGUGUUCCCGAUGCAAUCAAAAAUGCACCAGAAAUGAUUGCCAAUAAUCUAUUUCUACAGAUGGAAAAAAAUCACAUUCCUAAUGAAGUUGAGGUUCCAGAAAUCAAAAUACCCCUGAUAAACAUUAUUGUGCCAUCCUACAAGUUUCAGCUUUCAGAACUAAAACUGCCCAGAGUAAUCAUCACUCCCCAAUUUACAGUCCCAUACACUACCCUUCAGGUACCAUCAUACACCAUUAAUUUGACAAAUAUUGUUAUCCCGUCAGACAUAAAUGUUCAUCCAUUUGACAUAUUAUUGCCACAUUUGAUUGCAGUUAACAUAUCUAAUGUGAACCUUCAUUCAGCUUAUACUGAACUUAAGCAGUACCUUACUGUCUCAAAAUUCAAAAUCACAAUUUCUCAGUUCACUCUACCAAAGUCCUUUGGAAAUUACCUGGAUCUGGACCUUAUUACAAAGCAAAUUGCAGACUUUGAGCUACCAACAAUAACAAUCCCAGCAAAAACAGUGGAGAUUCCAGCACUGAAGUCAGCACUACCUCUAGCACUUGUUCUACCAUCAUUCAAGUCUUUCACUGGAAAAGUCAACGUUUUGUCUCCGAUAUAUAAUACGUCAUGGACUACAACUGUGAAAUCAGAUCAAAAUAAAGCAGAUAUCUUAACUGCGUUAGUGGAAGCAACAUCCAGUUCCACAUUACGGUUUCUGGAAUAUGACUUAAGUGCAAACAUAACUUUACGUAAUAUCAACAAUACCUACAAUCUUCUUGAAACGUAUGCAUUAUCCCAUCCUGACUUAAGUGUUGACUGGCAACAGAAUUGGAUUUUUGAUUAUUUUGGACUAGCAAGUUAUCUGAAAAUAGAUGUCAAGAGCCCAACGUUCACAGACCUGAGCAUUUGGAUGUGGCAGAAUAAUGGUAGAAUUUCUUCAUCAGUCUCCUCUCCAUCUACUGGAUUCUUAGGAAUGAUAAUCGAGAAGAAAAUGCCAAAUGUUCUGUAUGCAAAGCUAUAUGUCCAUAAACCAAAAUCUUCUGACUUAGUUAUUUUGGAUAGUAAAGUCUCACUUGAGAACCCUGAAAAUAUUCAAGUGGAGUUCAACUGGAGUAAUAAUAUUACCACAGAUAUGGCGAAUGGCUUAAAGGACAGAAUACCCAAGAUGAUUCAAGCCAUCUAUAAUUGUGUAAACAAGUAUCACACAGAGCAUCUCGGAAUAGAAAUGAGUGCUGUCUCCUCAAAAGCUAAAGACAUGAUGAAACAGAAUGUCGAUAAAGUAUACAGAAAAGCAAUCAAUGGCCUUAAGGAGUUAGAUGGUCACCUCCAGUCUACUGUUGAUCGUAUUUCUUCAGAAUAUCAGUCGCUGAAAGAAACAACAAAUACAUUUUACAAAGGAGCAGCAGCCAAAGUAACAAAUGUAGACAUUGAGCAAGAGGUCGCCACAUUACUGGACAUGAUUUCAAAUUUAACAAAAGAGUAUCAGACUAAGUUGCAGGACUUAAUUAGUGAAGCAAUUAAGUUUCUAAAAUACACUAAAUUACAACUGCCUGGACUUGGCAGUCAGUUUACAGGACAAGAGCUUUACAAUAAGUCCAUAGAUCAGGCAACACAAUUUAUGAACAAAUUCAAUAACUUUAUCAAAGUAGAUCUUAGAAAUGCAGUCAAAUACGUGAAACGGUUUGAGAUGAGAUUCCCUUCUAAUGAUACAAUUGUGAAAGUUUCAGAAAUACUUUCUCUCAUAGAAACGUUUCUUAAAGAAGUUGAAAUGAACAUGCUUGAACUUUUAAGUAUCAUGAAUAAUCUUGACAUUGAACAAUAUCUAAACAGCAUUACACAGGCAGACUUAGUGACUAUGAACUUCAACUCUGUGAAAGCACAAGUAAUCCAGUUAUACAAUGAAACCGUGAAUUUUCCAUAUGCAGAUCAGUUGCAAUCAAAUGCAGAUCACUUGAAAGAAUACCUUCUAAAGCUUGUUGAAGAAAACGAAGUCUUCCUUCCAGAAAAGAUUCGGGAAGCAGGAUUUCACAUGGUGCCAUUUUUUGAUGAAUAUAUUCCUCAAUCCUUGUUUAACUAUACAGAAAAGUACAAAGAAAUUGAAGAUAAGUUAAUCGAGUGGUUGAACAGAAUAAUGAAGUAUAUAAAAGAUGAAGGUCCAAGAAUAAUUGAUACCAGUGUUAGACAUAUCAGUAGUUUGAAGCAUGAAGUUACAAAAUUCAUGGCAAAUUCUACAGUAUUUUUCAAUGACUAUUUCAAGGUUAAGCAGGCUUACUUUCAAGAAAUUAGUGAAAAAGUAAUUCCUAACUAUUUUCAAGCAGCCAAAAAUGUUCUGGGUGAUGUGUUUACAGAGAUCAAGAAUAACACAGUUAGCUAUAAAAGGACAAUCAAAACUAAAUUAGAUGAAGCUAUUGUUUACUUAAAUGGAAGCUAUGAAAAUGCAAUUGCUCAAGCAAAAUACACAGUUGAUUGGUUUAUUGAAAACUGGAACCAAUUUACUGAAUACCUAUUUAGGUUUUUGGAACAGAUUGCAAACAAACUGACUGAUGAAAUGAAGUCAUACGUGCAAAUGCAACCUGAACAGCUUAUAAUUAAUGUUCCAAACCAUCUUAACUGGAAAUCAUUUGAUGAUAUGCCACAAUUGAAAGAAGGAACAUUGAACCAGUUAAAUGUAACAACUACCAAAGAACGGCAGGCUUUUCAAAGAACAUGGGAACGUGUUAUGGGGAACUAUCAGAAAGAUAAAAAGAUGCUGAAGGGAAAAACAACAAAGAGCAACAAAUCGACAUUUUAAAAUUUGUCUGAAUAUUUAAAGUUGUUGUGAAUCAAACAAUGUAACAUGAAUAAUGUACAUGCUUGUGAAUGAACAAUGAACAAUCACAUGUUAUUUCAACUUUCUAAUGAAAAUAAACAUAAACUUCUUAA